AUGGCUCCAAACUUUUCCAUCACUUCUCUUGUUGGCUCGGGCAAGGAGAAAAAGUUGAGUUCCUCCGUUGCCCAAAUAUUUGAGAGCAAGAACACAAACAGAUUCGCCACCAUGCCAAACCUCACCGACACCGAGGUUGCCCGCUCCAUGGACCUCCUGCUCAAGGUGGAAGGCCAUUCGGAGACCAUGGCCAUGAGUGACGGCGAGUUCAUCACGUCCAAGAAACGGUCCGUCGGUGGCCACGACUGGGCGGUCCACUUGCGUCCCAAGGAUCACUGGGCUGGCCGCCAUCGGCCGGUGACGCUCAAGCUCGUCUUGCUCUCCGAAGCGCGCGGUGGUGAUGUCAAGGCCAAGCUCAGCUGCCACCUGGUUGAUCCGGCCGGGAGGCUGGAGCCGUCGGAGAAGAAGAGCAUAUCGCACAAGUUCUGCAAGUCCGGGGAUUUCUUUGGUCCACUCGAGGUGACGGCAAGAGACGAUCUGGUGGCGUCUGGCUACCUGGCGGAUGAUUCCUACACCGUGCAGUGCCGCAUCACCGUCGACAUGACGGCGACCACGGUAGCGCUAGCUGAGCAGCAUGGCUGCGAUGACGGGGCAGUUUCAAACAUGGAGAUCGCCUAA